UUCUGCUACCAUCCUGCCCUCCAGAAUCUGGGGCGUGGAGGUAGGGGAGGGGUCCCACAGGUUUGCAGAGGAACAUGCCAGCUGAACUCCCAGGCAUGUGGUUCCAGUUGGACCUGGAGCUGGCUGGCCUGGGGCAGGAGGGGCUGAUGCCAGGGCCCUUGGGCCUUGCAGAGGCAGAAUCUAAUUGGACAAAAUGGUUUUAUUGGGAAACUUGGCAGCACUGAGCUGGGGGACGCCUGGGAAGAGGGUUUCAGAAAGGACGUCAUCCUGGCAGCUCUGGGGAACGUGGCAGAAAUGAGGAUGCACAGGGCACGAGGGGAGGGCUUCUCACCUGGGGUGAGUCUGGGCACACUUGACAACUCAGAGCCACACAGGGCUGCCCAUGACUCAGAAUCCUGUUUGGCUCUUGGAAGGGUCCAGGACACAGAGUUCAUGAGCCAGCCCUGACUUCCACCCCCGAGAGGCAGCAGAUGAGCAGUUAGGAGGAGGCGCUGCCUGUGUUCUCCAGAGUGGGAUCUGGGCUCCUGUCCUGGUCAGUGUGGUGGGAGUCGUGGGCUCAUCACCUCCCGUCAAUGUCUGCCCAAGACCUGGCCUGUUGCCCUGCCUCCCAGGAAGCCCCAGAUAUGUCCUGGUCAUCGACGAGUCAGCUGUCGGAGAGACUUAUGAGGUCACCCUCUCAGCAGUUCCCAACUGGUGGCUGUCUGUUUUGGGGUCAACAGAAGCCUCUGUGCUUUGAAUAUCCAUGGUGAGGACAGGCCUAGCAGACACCAUGAUGGCUGUCAGUAUUCUCACCCACUCCUCAUUCCUCUGUGCCAUGACUGGAUCCAGUGGGAGGGAUUAUGGUUGAGGUAAUCUGAGCCCUGGGUCCACAUAUCCCCCACGAGGGGGGCCCUGUGGUGGACUUCAGUCUGUAUAACAGGAGUUUGCUAGGGUUCUUCUGGGGAGGCCUCUCCCCAGAAAAUGUCUUGAAAAAUGACAGGCCUCUUACAGACUUAAAUACAUCCAAGUGGGGAUGUGAUGUUUGGAGCUGCAGCAGCCACCUUGAAACUAGCAGUUCAUGGACCACAAAAUGAAGAGCCAGUGUCAUCCUAGGGGUGCAAAACGAGAAAGGUGGGGUCCAGGCAGAGAUGGAACUGCUCACCUCCCAGUCACCAGUGCUCAGCUGUGCUGCCUGGGUCUAUGUUCAUGCUGGUGGCAUGUUUCUAAAGCAGACGGGAAGACAGCCAGGCCCCAUGCCUACACACCAGAGCAAAGGCUCAGCUUGCCACCCAGUAUCCAGGCAAGGGUGAAACGGCUCCUCCCAGGCCAUGUGCUGAUGGGCAGUUUUGCUAAAGGGUAAUGCCCUUUGCCAACCAAAUCACUCCAUCUUGGGGUCUUGAGAGUGGGCACCACAGGGUGGGCACACAAGCCGCUCCCUCCUCAAGCUGAAACUUAGACUUCAAGCGAAGACGCUGUGAUCCAGCUGUGGGACGGGCCCCGAGAUCCCGCCGUGACACGACCCAGGAGGAGCACACGGUAACACCUACAGGCUGAUACUCGGGACCUUCGUGAAGGAGGCAGGGCCGGUGCCAGCCUGGGUCCUGGGGAUCCGGCAGUGACCCCACCUCCCUGAUGUGGCUGGAUGCAGGCAGCCCCCCAGACUGCAGUGAGAUAAGUUUUAUGCCCCAUGUAGCUCAUUCUAUCCCUGAAUGCAUGUUGUGGACCUACUGUGUGCCUGGCGCUGUGGACACCAGGGAAUUGGUGGUUGGUUCUGGUUCUCACUGCCUCUUCACAUUGGGGUCAGGCACAUCUCCGGGUGAUGCGUGCCGAGGGGAUGGGCACCCCUGCCACCUGCCUGCUAGCCGUUCCUCAGUUCCCCCAGGUCACUAGAGGCAGUCGAUAAAAUUGUCCUAAGCAUUGUGAUUUCACUUAGACUUCACGCCAUGACCAUAACCAAAGACACAGUUGGCUUUUCCCAGCUCAGCUGUACCUGCUCUCUCCCUCCCACAAAGUCCCCACAGGCACAGCUGAGGAGAACAAGAUGGGGCAUCAGGAGGCCGCGCUUGGAAGAGGGUUGCUAGUUCACACACCUUUGAGGUCCCAGGCUGGGAUGGGGAGGCUGAGGUACGUGUGUCCAUCUCGGAGGCCUCGUUUAUGGAGUCAGCAAUACACCCUGGAACCGUGAUGACAUUGGAGCAGGAGACAAGGCACUGCCCACCCAGUGGGCUCUCCGUGCCUCCAGAGGUGGGAGAGGCCUGGAUGGUGGUUCCUGGGGACAGACAGGCUGCAGGGGGAGGCCCAGGAAUUGUGGGGCAGGGGCAGAGAUGGCUUCCGGGUGGCAGUGCCAGCACAGCCUGGGAUCAGGGUGGGGGCCCUUUGCUCCUGGGGCUUGCUACCAGGAGGAGAGAGUGGGAGGGAGCGUGCAGUCCUGGGCCUGGUUCUCGCGGAGCUUGGCAAGCUCUGUGUCUCAUCCUCCGCACAAGGACUCGGGGGUCCUGCACUGUCAGGCACCGGUACAGUCCACCAGUUUGGAAGGUGGUUUGACCAAAUCUGCCAAAGGGAGAGCUGUGCUUCUGACCACUCAGGCCCGCAGUUAGGCUCUGCCCAGUGGAAACAGGAGUGGCAUCCACCAAGAUGGGGUGGGAACUCCAGCAGACUAAUAGGAAGAUGGGAGCUGCCCGACGUGGUCUAUUCAUCAACAGCCGCUAUGCACAGCUAUGAGGGCGUCUCUGCUGCGCAGAGGAAGGUACAAACCCAGUCUCUGCAUGGGAGGUUCCAGAACCAGCAAAGUUAAGCAUUGCUCAGGGUGUGGCUCCCCCAGGGCAAGAGGCCGCCCAAGGUGCCCCUGGUCCUUCAAGUUUAUUGAUCAGUUGGUCUGGGUCAGUCCGACCUUUGAUUUACUCUCCAGGCUGUGUUCAGCUAGCGACAUUCAUCAACCUGCAUAUCUGUAAUCUGUACUUUUGUGUGUGAUGCACUCAAUAAAAAGCACGAAAGGGUGGAAAGAGCUUUGUAAGGUGUGCGAUGCAGGUGUCAGGAGAGGUGCGUAUUCCUAAGUGGGCACUGUGAUCAUGUGUGUGGGUGUGCGGGCACUGCCUGUCAGAGGCCAUCUGGCUCUUGGUGGAUUAGAGAACAGACUCCCAACAGGAAUAUCACAGAUAACACACGCUUUCAAGAGCUCCCUUUAAGCUCUGCCUUCAGAAGACGGUUUGUGGUCCACACACGCUGUCUUCUGUGAGAAAGUGCUGGGAGUGCCCCAGUGAAGUGAGCACAGUGCCCGUAGGGCUAUUCCUGACCUCCACACAGCUCGCAUGGGACACCACGUGGCUGGAGACAGAGGUCCGCCCUUGAAGUGCCUCCUGGCUCGGGGCCUGUGGUGUCCUUCCGGUUGGGAAGCCACAAGGCUGCCUUCAGGUAGCUCUAACGUGGGGUGGGAAGUUACAGGUUGGGGUCGGGGGGAUGGCCAAAAGCCAAUGGCUAUUCUUGAGGCAGAGAUGCAUCAGGCAGGUGCAGGGUUGAGGAUGGCUUCAAGGAGCUUGGCAGUGUCUGAGAGGGGCCUGGAGGAAGGCUAGAGAUCUUGGGACCGGUCCAGAGCAGACCCCAUGCACGCAGACUCCUGGAGCAGAGGCCAGGCUGGCUCCAGCUGGCUAAGCAGGUGAGGCUGGCCAGACUGCAGUGGCUUUGAGCCAGAAGGUGAGACGUGCAGCUGUGCCCAGGAACCCGGGGGCCCUCAGAGCCAGGUCAGCCCUGGGUGCCAUCUGCACCACCUGGCGAUGGGCUGGGGAGCAAUUUCGGGUGCACACCCAUCCUGCGGCCACCCCCAGGAGGAGGGGCUCAGUGGAGGACUUUAAAGAUUCCAAGAAAGGCUCCAUUCUCUCCCGGGACCUUAGCCCACCCCUGGCCUGAGGACACAGGAGGCCCAGCUGACCAGGAAGUAGCGAGAGGCAUAGGAACAUCGGGACCCGAGCAAACACACCAAGGAAGAGGCGGGGAGGUCUGGGGACCUGGAGGUAUCGGGGCUGGCGCUGCGGAGUCUGGGGCCCUGGCUGGGUAGCCGCCAGACUCCCGAGCAGAGUGGCCUCUCUGGCUGGGCCGUGCCAGGGCCGAUGUUUGUCCACCUAGGGAGAGGGUAAGUGUGAGGUCCUAGGGGCCAUGGGAGACUUGCAGCGGCACCGUGAGCUGAGUGGAACACCUAGAAAGGACCCUUUCCUGCUCCCUGGUGGGACCAUGCCCGUGCAGGAGCCCCAGAGGAGGCUGCUAGGUGACCUCAACUCCACCUCCCCUGCCACCCCCCACCUCGGGCUGCCUGCCAACCAGACUGGGCCUCAGUGUCUGGAGGCGUCUGUCCCCGAUGGGCUUUUCCUCAGCCUGGGGCUGGUGAGCCUGGUGGAGAACGUGCUGGUGGUGGCCGCCAUUGCCAAGAACCGCAACCUGCACUCACCCAUGCACUGCUUCAUCUGCUGCCUGGCUGUGUCUGACCUGCUGGUGAGUGGGAGCUACGUGCUGGAGGCUGCUGUCAUGCUGCUGCUGGAGGCGGGCGCUCUGGCCACCAGGGCCGCUGUGGUGCAGCAGCUGGAGGACAUAAUCGACGGGCUCAUCUGUGGCUCCAUGGUGUCCAGCCUGUGCUUCCUGGCUGCCAUCGCCGUGGACCGCUAUCUCUCCAUCUUCUAUGCACUGCGAUACCACAGCAUCGUGACUCUGCCACGGGCGUGGCGAGCCAUCUCGACCAUCUGGGUGGCCAGUGCCAUCUCCAGCAUGCUUUUCACUGCCUAUGGCCGCCACAAGGCCACCCUGCUUUGUCUGGUCAGCUUCUUUCUGGCCAUGCUGGUGCUCCUGGUCGUGCUCUACGCCCACAUGCUCACCCGUGCAUGCCAGCACGCCCGGGGCAUUGCCCAGCUCCACAAGAGGCAGCGUCCCAUUAACCAGGGCUUUAGCCUCAAGGGGGCCGCCACCCUCACCAUCCUACUGGGCAUUUUCUUCCUCUGCUGGGGCCCCUUCUUCCUGCACCUCCUGCUCAUCGUCCUGUGCCCUCAGCACCCCACUUGCAGCUGCAUCUUCAAGAACUUCAACCUCUUCCUCACCCUCAUCAUAUGCAACUCCAUCGUCAACCCCCUCAUCUAUGCUUUCCGCAGCCAAGAACUGCGAAAGACACUCCAAGAUGUGCUGCUGUGCUCUUGGUGAGGGGAGGGGGCCUGCAGGCCCAAAGCCAGGCUGCUGGGCAGAGGGAAGUGGUGACAUCAUGUGGCCCAAUUCCUGUGUGCCAGAUAGGACAGGCUGACAGCAUCUGGAGGUGUGGACACACAGGCCCUCUAGGACCAGAGAGGAAUAAGGAAUCUCCAGGAGGAGGUGUGGGGAAUGCAGGAGGCUGAAGAGAUGGUGGGUCACGGCAGACGUGCUGCCCACUGCAGCUCCAUGGACCCACCCUCAUCCUCCUUUGCUGCCAGCUCUGGGGUUUGUGCCUCUGCCCACUGGGAUGUGAAGUCUGUGUUGGCAGCAAGAGUCCUCAGGAGUGCUGUUCCCAGGGAGGGCCUCUGGAGAAAGGACUGACCAUCAAGACCUGGCCUUGCAGGGCUGCUCAGAAGGAAAUAAUCUGCAUCGAGCAGGACCAUGAUUGCAGGAGUCACAGUGGGAGGGUGGAGCUGAUACCUCCUAAGGCUCUGUGGGAGGGAGAGCUGGGCACUCAGCCCAUCUGUGUGCACCCAGCAGAUGGUGCCAGCCAAUGCCUGUUUUCAAGGCAGAGGCUGUGGGUCUGAAUCAGCGGCCAGUGCCCAGGGUCUCAGGGCCAGGAAGUGGUCUGGUAAUA